CGAGUGAGCGUGUUGCUUUACCCCAGCACUCUCCCCUAGAGCACUGCUGCAGGCUGUGUUUGGGGCGGAAAGAACCUGGCCCUGUCAUGGCUGACCCCAUGACAGCUGACACAUAGUUGGUGCGAGAGCAAUAGCGAGACUAGCCCUAACCCUACCAUUCCUAUCUGAUCUGUCACAGACAUGGGACCGUCUCUGACCUGGGACCCAGUGGGAAAGUGAAAGUUGUUCGAAGCAGUGGAGAAGAAUGUGGUCCAGCUCCGUCUAGGAGGGGAGGAUCAGGAGCAGCUUGUUGCCGCGACCAGGGACUACUGAGACUGGUGCUUAUCUUACUACUGUCAACACAAGGUGCUGCCUAGCCUGGAGAGAGAGAGAGAGGGGAGUGAGAGAGGAGGAGAGAGAGUGAGGGACGCCACGUUGCCUCACAGGAGCAUCAUGGAUUUGCUGCAGGACUCUCGGUGGACCAUGCAGGGCCUCAACAGCCGUCUGAAGGGCUUCCUGGAGCAGGUAAACAAGCUGCAAGAGGCAAACUUGUGUCUGGAGGGCCAGAUUGCAGACUGGGGUCUGAGGAACGCUCCGCACCCCCAGGAAUGGACCCAGCAGGAAAGCACUGUGGCCGACCUUCGUUCCCAGGUUGGUAAGCUGCUGAUGGAGAAUGCAGAGCUGGUGCUGCAGUCUGACCACAUGAUGUCCAGGGCUUCUACCAUCCAGGCCAGAUGUGAGGCGGAAGAGAGGCGGACCAAAUGUCUGGAGCAACAGGUGGCUCUGCUGAGGGAGAACCAGAUGAGGGUGGAGCAAACCAAUGUACAGCUGGAGGCGGAGCUACACCACUCCAUGACAGAGCUGCAGGACAUGCACCAGGACUAUGUGGCAGCCCGUGCUCUGCAGCAGCAGCAGGCCGACUCUCGUGAUGCGCUGCUAGUGACGGCCACAGCGUGGGAGGAGGAUGGCACAGGGAUGGAGCUCUCCCAGCUCCUCGACCGAAUCGGGACGCAGUGCGACCGCCUCAGCCUCACCGGCCUAAGUCGAGUCCCAGAUGACCGACACCCCGGCCUGGCCGCCGGCCCAAAUCAAGCUCCAUGCUCCGCUGCCGGGCCGAGCCGUUUUGGAGCCACACUCAGGCCCCGAGCCCAUGGAGGGUCUCUCCCACAGCUCAAUGCAGAAGAGGCAGCAUGGGCCCAGGUGAACCUCGGAGGGACUGCCCUCAGGGAGGCGCGGGCAGAGCUGGCCGAGGCCAGGAAACAGUGGCACUGCCUGCAGGUGGAGAUCGAGUCCCUACAUGCUCUGGAGAAAGGUCUGGAGAGUUCCCUCCACCACACCCAGCGUCAGUACUCCAGCCAACUGCAGGGCCUGUCCCAGGUCAUCCAAGGUCUGGAGGGCGAACUGGAGCAGGUGAGGGGCGGCCUGGCCACGCAGCGAGAGCGCCACGGCCAGCUGCUCAAUACCAAGAUGAGGCUGGAGAAAGAGAUCGCCACCUACAGGCGCCUGCUGGAGCGCGAGGAGGGCAGGUACCCAGGUGGGCGUAACGGACAGGUCAUGGGGCUACGGCGCUGGAGGGGCCCCAUAAGAGAGCCAGGCCCCAUAGGGGAGGAGCCCAAGGAGAAUGGAGUGGAGGAGAAUGGCCUCAGUGACCCCACAGUGACCCCUGAGGAGCCACUGUCCGAGCCCCUGCCUGAGAGACCCCAGCAGUGGUCUGUGACAGAGAACGGCCUGAGGAAGAGCCCUGCACUAACGCUGUAUAGGCAACAGAGCCUGGUCAUCCUUACAGAGCCAGAGAGAGAUAACGAUCUGAGGAUUUCCACAGUGAAGACCCAGGAGAUCCUCCAAGGCAACGUGGUGAGGGAGAGUGCAGAGGGCACUGGCACCGUGGAGACGGACAGGAUCGACAAGGUGAUUAAGCAGUGGGAGGGCUCCUUCUUCAAGGGGAACCCCAAGCUGCGGAAGAAGUCGGUGUCGCUACGAUUCGACCUGCACAUGGCGGUGGCAGACGAGGGCUGCGCCCAGACCAAGCAGGACAGCCUGCCCGACGUGGAGGUCCGCCUGGUGAUGAAGAGGUCCCGCAGUAUCCCCACCAUCGCGGCAAAUGUCGAGGCAACAGUAUAGUCGAUGCAACAGUAUGCCCAUCAUUGAUGGGUGAUAUCAUCAUUGAAUUGCCUCCCUCAUAAAUGUUGUGAUCUGGCAACAGCAUCCUUACCCUUGACAGUGAUAUCGCCAUGAUAUCAGCAUUGCUUCCCAUUGACCUAGGCUGAAGACGGGAAGGUUAAGACAAGACAUUCCAUGCGCAAGCGUUCAAAAUAUAAAACACAUUCAUGGGACCGACCAGGUCCAUUAAUAACUAUUAGCGCCAUUGCUAACUAGCAACAUUGGUCCCAUGAAUUGCAAAGAGUUAUGAAAUAUUAUAAACUGGUGGUUCGAGCCCUGAAUGCAGAUUGGCUGACAGCUGUGGUAUAUCAGACCAUAUACCACAGGAAUGAUAACAUUUGUUUUUACUGCUCUAAUUACUUUGG